CCCACAGCCCAGCCCUACAACCGGAAGUGACGGUUCAAGUCGCGUCUGUAUUUUUCCGCCGUGGGCCGGUGGCCGAGUCUAUCCUCACGUGUGGCGUGCGCCGAGUUCGCAGCCAGCGGAGGGAUUCUGGGUAACGGCCCCGGCGGGCUGGGGCGGCUGGCACCGCACAGCAGGUUUCACUCACGCCAAGCCCGUUGGUUGUGAGGGUUGUAGGGCUUGGGGCCCCCGGACAUGGAGCAGCCAUGGCCGCCUCCAGGACCUUGGAGCGUCCCUCGGGCAGAGGGUGAGGCUGAGGAAGAGAGUGACUUGGAUAUGUCUCCCAGUUCUCCCCGGUGCCCGCAACUGCCCGGCGGCGGUGCCCAGAUGUAUAGCCAUGGAAUUGAAAUGGCUUGCCAAAAGCAGAAAGAGUUUGUGAAGAGCUCUGUGGCAUGCAAAUGGAAUCUUGCUGAAGCUCAGCAGAAACUUGGUAGUUUAGCACUGCAUAACUCUGAGUCCUUGGAUCAAGAACAUGCCAAAGCACAAACAGCAGUAUCAGAACUGAAGCAGCGUGAAGAGGAAUGGCGGCAAAAGGAAGAGGCUCUAGUACAAAGAGAGAGAAUGUGUCUAUGGAACGUGGAUGCCAUUAGCAAGGAUGUUUUUAACAAGAGUUUUAUUAAUCAAGAUAAAGGAAAAGAAGCAGAAGAUGAAGAUAAAUCAGAAUCAUUUAUGCAAAAAUAUGAGCAAAAAAUCAGACAUUUUGGUAUGUUGAGUCGAUGGGAUGAUAGUCAGAGAUUUUUGUCUGACCAUCCGUACCUUGUGUGUGAAGAAACUGCCAAAUAUCUUAUUUUAUGGUGUUUUCAUCUAGAAGCUGAACAGAAAGGGGCUCUAAUGGAACAAAUAGCACAUCAAGCUGUUGUCAUGCAGUUUAUUAUGGAAAUGGCCAAAAACUGUAAUGUGGAUCCAAGAGGGUGUUUUCGUUUAUUUUUCCAGAAAGCCAAAGCAGAGGAAGAAGGUUAUUUUGAAGCAUUCAAAAAUGAACUUGAAGCUUUCAAGUCAAGAGUCAGACAUUAUUCUCAAUCACCAAGUUUUCAGCCCAUGACAGUUCAGAAUCAUGUUCCCCAUUCUGGUGUUGGAUCUAUAGGUUUAUUAGAAUCCUUACCACAGAAUCCAGAUUAUCUUCAGCAUUCUAUCAAUACAGCUCUCUGCAGUUUAAAUUCAGUGGUACAUAAAGAAGAUGAUGAACCCAAAAUGAUGGACACUGUAUAAUUUGGUUAAGACUGCUGAGGCCAAGUACUAUUUUGUUACAAGAAAGGAAGAACUUGGCUAUUUUCUUGACACUUUUAUGGGUGCUGCACUUUAUUUUUGUUCGGUUUUUGAUGGGAGGGGAAAAAAGAGUACUGAAAUGUUUUGUAAAAUUUUUUUUAUGUGCUGCUAGAUUUUUUUGUUUUGUUUUCUGAAGAGAGGAGUGGUACCAUAAGUUACAAGAAGUCAAACUGAACUUUGUUUUUUUGCUACUAAAUUUGCCUUUAAUCUUAUUGUUCUCAAUUUUGGAAUCAAAGUAUGAAAAUCUGCACAAAUGCAAUGUUUACAAGAACUGGUUGAUUCUAGGAGGCAUCUGCUACAGUCUUUUUAUAUGGAUAUGUAUAUGCCCUACUCUAUAAAAAUGAUUAAAGACAAAAAUGUCCUUGUAUCCUACUGCUAAUUUAGCUGUCAAAUCUGGUGUUUUAUCAUAUUAAAAGCAAUAAAUCAGUAGUUGAUAAUCUACUCUACUAAAUAAGCUGGGUGAUAGCAAUUUUUAAAAAGUUUUCUCCUUAAAAUAAUAUUGCAUUUGUAUUUUCGGCACCACCAGUUAAAUAAAUCCUUGACUAUAAUAUCAAAUUUAUAUAGACACUAAAUUAAACCCUUAAGUAUUCUCAAAAGUGUAUUCCUUAGAAAUUGAUUUUACCCUGUUGACUUUUUAAUAGUAAGGGAUGCAGUGAUUUAAAAAGUGAUAAAGCUAAUACAGAUUUUUUUUUUAAAUAAGACCAACUUUCAAGCUCACUCUUAAUUUCUUGACAUAGUGUGAGAUCUCUCAGGGAGCAAGUUUUAAAAGGAUACUCAUGGCCUGUAAGACAAAUAGGAAAAAUGAUCUGACUUUUAAAAUUAGGUUUAUUGUUUGUUUCACUCUGAUGUAGCUCAAGGACUUUUUUAAAAGGCAAGAGAACUCUUGUAGAGCUAACUGCCUCAAGCUGCCAACACUUACUUGUAAGAAUGUGGUAUUCCGUAUUGGUAAUGAUGGCUUUUACUGCAUUUGUCAUUUCUCUCUAUAGUUCAGUUACCAUAGAAUACUUUUGAACUUUACUACUUCUUAUAUAAUUCACGUCAAAUAUGCCAGGAUAUUUGAUGUUUCACUUUAUUUGGAAUUAGAUGACAAUGUUAAUUAUGCCAUCCUUGCUAUUUGAGGAUUAAUCUUUGGACUUACAGGAACAUGAGCUUUGAUUUAUAUUAGGUAUAGCCUUUGGGCUAUAUCCCAUUUGAGACUAGUCCCAUUGAGGCUAGUAGCAAACAUUUGACUAACUGGGAUUAGGUAUACAUGUCUCAACUUGAAAAACCAAAUAUUGCUAAGGAACUCAUAUGAUGACUUGUAACCAUGGCUUCAUUUGCACCUUGUUUUAACUAACUGAGGUGAUAAGGCACUUAGUACCCAUACAAAUGGACUGGACUUACUGAAUCAUACUUACGUAACAUCACAAUCUUACUGGUUUUCAGAAUAAAACCCUUCUGCUUUUGAUAUAAAGAUAUACUCUACAAUAAAAUGUUUGAUUAAUUUACAUGGUAGUAAUUUUUUUUUUGACCAAUGACCUAGUUGCAGAAGUUUGGUGUUUUUCUUUUUUUCUUUUUUUCCUUGUUUUGUUUAUCUGUUCUGCAGCAAGCUCUUACUUUUCUCUUCCUGUCACAUAAAGAAUGGACACAGCAGUAACAUCCUCAUUUUCACAGAAAUGAUACUCAAACCAUUACUUUCCAUUCCUCAGCUUCACUUUUCCCCAAGAUUUGCUUAUAAGCAUCCAGAUUGUUUUCAGUUUCGCUUUGCCUUCUUUAAGUUAGAGGUAUUAAUGAUUGUAGACUGGAAGGAAAGAAAUUAUCAAUGAACUGAGUAAACUAUUCUUGAAGGAUUUUCUGUUUUUGUUUUCUAAAACAGGUAUUGUUGAAGAGCUUUUUUAAAGCUUUAUGUAUAUAUGUUUUUUUACUUUCAAAGGGAAGUGUGUUCUAUGUUUUAGUGCGAAAGUAACUGGAUUUAUUUUUGGGAUCCAAGGACUGAUGCCAUAAUUUGCACUUAAAGACUGUAAUUUUUACAUACUUAGCAGUACUUUACUUCUAAGAACAGUAAAUUGACAUCCUUUUUAUUUUUCUUUAGUAUUAACUAAUUCCUAUUAAUAGAAAUGUCCUUUUUUCUGUUUCUUAAGAAAUAAUAAACAUAUACUAAGCAAAGGGAUAAUUCAUAUUUCAGAUUGGAUGGUUUUCUGUAGACACAAAUCAUGGACAGUCCAAGCAGCUAAAUGAAACAUCUUUGACAUCAAAGUAUCCAUCAAGGUUCUUGUUUCACUAAUAAAAGUUUUUUUAAAAAUCAAAUAGCUAUCACUCCAUUUACUCCCUGUUAACUUUCAUUUUUAUCAGUGGUGGUGGAGAUAGUACUGAUUUAAAAUUAUUCCUUAGGAGAGUCAGAUGGUUAACAUUUUCAUUCAGUUAUACUAUUACUGGACUCUCAUAUUUUGCCUAAUGAACUUAUGAUUGACCUAUACCUUCUUUUUAGGAAAAUUGGGUCGUCUUUAAGAUUAUCCUACUACCCCAACCCCCUUUUUAAAAAUCCUCAUCUGAGGAUAUAUUUAUUGAUUUUAGAUUAUUGAUUAGAGAGGGAUGGAGGGAAGCAUCGAUCAGAUAACUCCCAUAUGCACCCUAACCAGGGAUCAAACCUGCAACCCAGGUAUGUGCCCUGAUUGGGGAUUGAACCCACAACAUUUUUGGUGUAUGAAACAAUGCUCAACCAACUGAGCCACCUAGCCAGGGCUCCUGUUACUUUUCUAAAAGUGAAUUAACGUGCUGCCCAAAGAAUAUGAAUCUAGUAAGUGGAUUUUCUUAUAGAAUGAAAAAAUGGUGGGUUUAGAAAUGUAAUCCUGAAGUUAAUCUAUUUUCUGAGAAAAAUAAAAAGAUGUCAAUUUACUAUUCUCAAAGUCAGUCAUGUAUCUCAGUUCUUAAAUUGAUGUGGGACAGAUAUGUACUUGUCUGGGUUGCAGCCAAGCUUUUUAAUUUCACUUUUGCCUCUAUAUCAUACAUGUUUUAUUAAGUCCCUAAAACUCUAUGCAUCCAUUUCUCAUUUAUAAUGGGCAUGUAUGUACUGUUUCACAGGUCUAAGAAGCUGGUUCAUUUAAUAGGUAUCUGCUUGCUUACUAUGUAAGUUAAUGGGAUACAAAGAUUAAUAAAAAUUUAUUAUGAA